UUUGAAAUUUUGUGCCUCAACAAAACAGAGACAAUGGCAGGCCCUCAGUGCUGCUCUAAUCCACCAAUUCUCAACCCAAGCUAUGGAGUAGACUGUGCUGAAAAACUUGGAGGCCUUAACGUCUACGCCGCUGGCUCCCCUAACUUCAAGCUUGCCAUUGUUCUUGUCUCUGAUGUUUUUGGAUAUCGAGCUCCGAAUUUGAGGAAGCUUGCCGAAAAAGUGGCAGCUGCAGGAUUCUUUGUGGUAGUUCCAAACUUCUUCUAUGAUGAUCCGUUUGUAUACGACAAUAACAGACCUCUAGCAUUCUGGUUAGAAGAUCAUGGAACGGAUAAAGGAUUUGAAGAUGCAAAAUCAAUAAUUAAUGCUCUUAAAGAGAAAGGUUAUUCUGUAAUUGGAGCUGCAGGAUUCUGUUGGGGUGGCAAGGUCGUGACGGAGCUCGCGAAGUCUGAUUUCAUCCAAGCUGCUGUGCUACUACAUCCUUCAUUUGUUGCUUUGGAUGAUAUUGAAGGGGUUAAAGUUCCCAUGGCGGUUCUAGGAGCUGAGAUUGAUGAAUAUUCUCCACUGGAACUCUUGAAACAAUUUGAGGAGAUAUUAGCUGCUAAAUCUGAGAUUGAUAGCUAUGUGAAGAUAUUUCCAAAAGCUGAGCAUAGUUGGACCGUGAGGUACAAUGUCGAAGAUGAAGAAGCUGUGAAGCGUGCAGAGGAGGCUCAUAACAACAUGAUUGAUUGGUUUUCUAAGCAUGUUAAGUGAUUACUUUCUGAGUUCCCAUGUUAAAUAGUUGAAUAAAACCAAGAACUUCAAUUCAACUUGAUAUUAUUAUUAGACACACGGCAAUCAAACUGAUUUAAUAACAAUAAUAUCUGCAUAAAUUGAAGUGACAGGAAUAUAUGAACAUACUGAGCCCUAUGAGGGUGUUCAUUCUC